AUUUCAAUCAACCAAAAAUUUUCUGUCACUCGACUCCAACCCGGGUCAAGGUUACAAGUUCCAUCAAGUCCAGGUUUUUCCAAACCUAGUCACCGCUACACGCUAAGAGAAAACCCCACGAAAUAGCUCCAACGUGUGGACGUUAUCGAACCCAAACAAAAGACACAAAAAUCGCCACAAUGCUGUGCUGUAAGAAAAAACCGAUGGAUAAAAAACCUGAAGCAAUCGUUCCUUUUCCCGAUGGAGGUUGGGGGUGGUUUGUGUGCAUGGCUACAUUUACCACGCAGUUUAUCGUCUUAGGCACGAUGAACAACUUCGGAGUAAUUUACGUGGAAUUGCUCAAGGAGUUCAAAAACAUUGGAAAAGAUGAAGCAGGUAACGAAAAUUUUUUUCAUCUCGCUUCAUUAAUCAUACCGCUUAGAACAAAAACAACAUGCAAAUGAGUUCUUAAAGCAACCAUUAUGAUUUGCUGCUGUUUUCUUUCGUUGAACAUCAAUUGAUAUCAUCUUCCUAAAUAUCGGAGAUUUGAGCACGUUGAGUUGUUUUUGAAUCUGCGAUUACUGCUUCGAGAUAGAGAGUGUUGCAAUUUUCAUCCCGUCGUGCGACAAGUAUAAAUCGCCAACCUCAGCUUCUAUAUACCGGCUUGCUUACCUUUCAACCGAUCUCAGCUGUUUUUGUCUUUUUUUUUACUGGAACAAAAACAAUAAUCGCUUUGCUGUAGUUCGCAGUUUAAAGCGGAAAGCAAACUUCCGAGGCGAACUGUGCGCGUGGAUGAUAUUAUAUAAUUCUAUUUUUUUCUUUGUGCAUUGGUUGUGAGAGUGAUUGCGCUUCUUUGGGCAAUCUUUGAUUGCCCUAAUUCGUUACUUCAGAAUGCUGAAAACUGCAUUGCACGAAUGCUAACUUAUUUCAAAAUUUUUCUUAACGCAGGCAACCUUCAAGCAGCUCGGUGAAAAUUUUGUUCUUCGAUUGAUUUCAAAGGGAUUUCUAGUUCUCACCUCGACGUCACAUGUGACAGGAAAAUGUCACAAAAAAACCCGUUUUUCUGGCUUUUAAGCCAAUAGAAAUGUUAGCAUUAAACUGCAGGAUUUUUAGGGGUUUUCCAUUAUCGACCAGUAGCCAGUCCUCCAAGCACACCCCCAGUUUUUGUCCUUAUAGUUCAAAUAUGGACCAAAAAUUCCCAGUUUUAAUUAUCAAAGUUGCUUUCCUACCUCCCAAACGUUCAGUUGUCAGGCUAGUUGUCACAAAACUGUUGUAAACAUAUCUAUUGUGGUGCGUUUGACAGAGUAAAUUUGCAUUUCAAGGUUUUUAUGUCAUUACGAGAUGAAAAACAAUACUGGUAUUGUGUGACUGUUUUGAGCAAAUAAGAUCCCAAACUCGUUCUUUAAGGAUAUGAUCUUUCUAUGACUUACUUGUUUUACCCUGGCUACGUACGUGAACAUCACAUAGAAACUACGGAAAAGAUUAUCGUUUUUUUAACUCCGUUGAGUUUCCUAUGCAUGCAAAUUUGGCCGUGUUAUUUUUGUAUGCAAUUAAAUUCAUGGCAUAAAAUUUUUAUCACAUGUCCAGAAAAAUAACCCGGUAUAUAACUUUUUCGGACAAGACCUUUCUCAUCACACAAGGAAUAUUUACAUGGGAACUGAAAAUGAUCCUAUGUUUGAGUACCCUCAUAAGAUGCAAAAUAUCGUAUAUCUUUUUAAAUCAUUGCAAUGUCAUCUAAGAAAGGAAUAUGAGACAAAAUUAAACAUUCGGGGAUUAAACUAAGGGUUUUUCUGGAUUAACAUGAGUUGGAUCAAAAAAGAUAGUAAUUCUAUAAAUAAUAUCAUUCUAGUAGGUCUGAUGCCAGCGGACAAAAAUCACCAGCAAAAGUAAAUGAAGUACCUUUUUCAACCCCACUUUACUUUCCCCACCACAAUUUAAAGAAACAAGAGGAUCGAGUUAAUGUGCUCUCGCUCCAAGAAGUUCAGCAUUUUUUUUUUUUCGCUCCAAGUUUUCGCACAAGAGCUGAAACGCAAGCGAAUCUCACCAGGAAUAGUUUCAGGUUUAUACACAGACUGUAAAUAAUAUGACGCGUCUUCUAAUACCAGUACUGCUGGUCUCUUUCGCAAUUUUCAUGACGCAAAAUCACUGCUGGAGAUGUACACCAGAAACUUUGAGCACGAAAGAAGGAAACCACGCCAGAGAUUAUUAAGGAUGUAUUUGUUACGUUUGUUGACUCAGAAGUUAUAAAAACAAUCAAGGUUUAACAUAUCAAUGUAGCUGGGCAGAAUGCUUUCUCAUCGGAAACGAGGAUUUCCUCUUUACGUGCAGAAAUAAACCAUUAAUUGCACGAAAUACUUUGAUCGAAUCUAAUUAUUCUAGUUUCCCGGGGAUUGAAAUCGUUCUAGAAGAAAACAUACCAGAAACACCCAGAAAGGAUAAAUUGAACGGAAUUGUCUUUUUGACGCAUUAAUUCUCUCUUAAUACAUCCCGUAUUGUUCGUUUUUCAAUGGUAUUAAGAAGCUUACAAAUUCGGCUGGCAAUACAAACGAAUUCUGUCAGAAAUAGGUCUAAAAAUUUUCUGUCUGCUGUGUUAACUCUUCCUCGGUCGACGAAGAUCAUUUGUAGGCGUGUCACGGUUAUAUAUAUUUGCACCAUAAUCAUUGCCCUAAAUAGAUUCAAAAUCAGAAGCUAGCAAACCAACCAUUCAUAUACUUCAACGUCUCUCCUAGUCGGUGUAAAGCGCCGCUAUGAAUACCAAACUGUAUAUUUUUCUGCGUGAAAGACGCGCGGUUAGUGUGCGUGUUUAUUUGCGGUUCUACAACGCGGGCAUACGCCAAUCGCAUUUGAAAAACACGAAGAUAUUUCUCUCAUAAAACGAUUGUUUUUCCUUAAAGUGUAAUUAACACUUUUCAAAAUACCAAGAUUUAGUGAAAUUAUGCAGUUUAUCAUGAGUUAUGCGGCCAAAAAAAAUGUCUUGAGGGCUUGUAUGUUUAGAAUCGGGUGGUCCACACAUGCACAGUUCAUCCCAAAGAUUUGUUGGCAUCUAUGUGUGGCCCACAAACCAAAAAUAUUCCGACGACGCGAACGCGUUCGUUUUAGUGCCGUCAUUGCAUUCGGCAAAACAAAAAGCUGUUUAAUUUCUAUGAAGAUAAGAAUGCUGUAGGAUCCAGCAAACGUGACUCAAGAUCUAGAUUUAAGUCAACAAAGAGCAUGUUUUGUUGCAGUCAUAACGAUCAAUCAAACGGGUCGUGUUAUUUUUACCUUGUCCAAAAACAUAUUUGAAUAGCCGGGUUUACGAGAAGCUAGAGCUCUCAAGCUUGAACGGAUUCAACAUUGAAAUUCAUUGUACUGUAUGACCAUUUUUUAUCAGAAUACAAGUGCAAUUUGUCUGCAUACCAAUUUUUCGAUCAAAGAUACUUGUCUUAUACUUGAGAAGGAUUACCUUACAUAACGUUUGAGGAGUAUUUCUUAUCUGUUCAUGCAAAGUUUACAUGGAUUUGACACGAUAUUGUUUGAAACUUCGAAUUCUCUUUUUGAAAACCACAGCGUUGUUUUUUGUCUCCUUUAUGGUAAAAAAACAGCUUUUCAAGUCCAGUUAAAGUUUAAUGCUGCGUUUAAAUACUGUUAAAUAACGUCAUGGUGUCAACAUACCCUAGGUUGUUUUGUUAGACUCAAUCAAUUAUGUGGUUUCUCAGUGUUAUUUGAAAACAGUUUUGUAUACUACUUCUUUAUAAACGACUUCCUGUAAGGGAAACCAUAAAAAACGAAGGAGUUUCUUUUGGCCACUGCCCAAUACAUCCUGUCAAGUUUUCUAACAUCAAGGGCUCUUUCAAAUCCAACUUGAUAAUUCUUUGCCACGAUUAUUCAUAUUCACCACAAAUUUUCUUUUUCAGCGGUUUCUAGCCAUUCAUUAGCUUAGUUGUCUCAACUGGGGAGUAGACGAAAUCUUAGGAACGCAAAAAUGUCAUGAAACGUUUAAAGGAAAUCUGUAAAUUCACUGACACGUAUUAAUUCCAAUCCUCUCAAUUUUUUUCAACCUUCAUCAUCAAAGAGCUCAUUACACAUGGGCUAAGUCGGGAUAUGAUUAUCAAACAUUUAUCGCUAAAACCUUUUGGUACAUUUAGAAAAAAGUUAGUGAUAUCUUUGAGACCACCAGUGAGGCCGUGCCAAACGGAUAUUUAGGUAAAAUGAUAUAGGAAUACAAAAUAAGCAGAGGAAAUAAUCUCCAAGAAAGGUGAUACUAUGCUUACAGAUUUGGGGAAAAAAUUAGAUAAGGUUCAUGGGUCAACUUCAACGAAAAAGUGUGACUGUAGUCAUGGGAAGAUUUAAUUAGUCAUGGGAAGUUGUGAUAACAAUAUUGUCCCCUCAAGAUAGUACCUAGCGGUCAUUUAUUUAAUAAAACGUUUACAAGUGUAGCUUUUGUUUUCAGACUCCAAAAAAUUGGCUACACUUGGAAAAGUUUUAUCAAAUUGACCCCAGAUAUGCAGGUCUUAACACCUCUUAAGGGAUGUUUUAUUUUAACAAUUAAAUAUUUUGAAGUUCAUUUCUUCAAUUUUAGGAUGAUUUUGCACAUUGCAAAGAUGACUCAAAUAUUAUUUCAGAGCUCCUUAGAAUUGAUGAUCACCUCUCCAUGGCAACUUACUCCCUUGGAGUAAAAUAUUUAUUGAAAAUAAGCUAAACAUAUUUGUCCUAAUGAUAACAUAUGGCCCAUGAAGAUGCUUAGAGGGGAAUACACAUAUUGUUUUAAACUGAGGUGUUAAUAGUCGCUGGUCAACCAUAUUGGUGGGGAAUUGGUGCAUGAUACCACCUUCAUAGGGUUACAUGGAGUACCUACUACUGACCAUUUGGAGUGUGGGCUCUGUUUGGUUUUUGACAUAACUGGUAUACAGACAACAUUUUCCCCUUACUUUAGGCCUGGGACUUCUCAGAAAUUAGAAGGGGGGAGGGGGUGGGAAUUUUAAAUUUGGGUUUCGAAAUGAGGUGACCCAUCCCUGCAAUGGGAGUGAAAUUUGCUAACCCUCCCCUUGACCUUGGCCUAAAAUAUCAUGACCCUCCCCCUCUUGUAUAAAUGACAAAAACUAGUUCUUGCCAUACACCAGGGUGAGUCAGUAUUACGAAAGCUCAAAAUAUAUUUCUAAUCUGUUCUUUGUAAUGCCAUAUACAUGCAUUUUAGAUGACAGUAUUAACAGUCCGACUCUGAUUCUGACAGCUGAUCACUCGACUCUCCUAUUUCUCCCAGGUUUUUUUACAAAAUAAAGAACUUCUUUUAUCUUCUGUGGGUGAACCUCUACAUGAUCACAGACACAUAUUUUCAUGACCCUCCCCCUUUUAACAGCCCAUUUUUCAUGACCCCCUCCCUUUUCUGCAGUCUCAAAAAGUUGUGACCCUCCCUCUGUUUUCAGCCCCCCUCCCCCCUGCUAAUUUCUGACAAGUCCCUUACUGCUGGGCACUGAGGCACUCCAGGUAAAAACCUUCAUAAGAACAUUGGCGAAUAGAUGUAUUUCUGGCUGUCCAGAGCUUGAAACACAUCUUUGUUCGCAAACUACUUGGAGUCAAGCCAUGUCAUGAAGUUCAGCUUGUAUGUGACUAACCUGUGUUGUUCCUUCCCAGCUGUGGUGGGAUCCCUGACGUAUGGCCUGAUGUUCUUACUUGGACCCUUGGCAACAAGCUUGUGCCAAAAGCUGGGCUGCCGUGCGACAACAAUGAUUGGCUGUAUCAUCGCAGCAAGUGGCUGCCUUCUUGGGUCCAUCUCACCCAACAUAUAUAUUAUGGACUUGACAUAUGGUUUUCUAUUUGGCAUUGGAGCAAGCAUGUGCUAUUUUCCAUCAGUCGUCAUCCUAGGACAAUACUUCUCGAAGCGCCUUUCCUUAGCCAAUGGGAUCACUUCCUCUGGAAGCGGAGUAGGUUCCCUGUGCAUGGGACCUGUAUUACAGAAGUUAAUAAAACACUUUGGUAUGAGGAACACAAUGAGAAUUUCUGCAGGCAUGUUAGCCUGCGUUGUCUUCUGUGCUGUUGUGUAUAGACCUAUAAACACAGCAUUCCUUAAUGUAAAGAAAGAACCCAGGGAAGGAGAGAAAAAAUCAAGGUUUGCUAUCCUGAAGAGUUUCAAAGAACUGUUCAAAAACAAGGCAUACAUUCUUUGGUGUUUUGCGCUCGCAGUUUGGAUGCUUGGUUAUUUUGUACCAUUUGUACAUCUGGUAAGUUGAUAUACCUUAAACCCCAGUGAGUACUGUAGGACCAUAUUUUAUCCACCGACUCAAACAGGGAAACUAGCUUGUUAAUCACGAUAAACUUUAUCACCAAAAUAGAGUUCAGCUUGUGAAAGCUUUCAUUUCCAGGAUGGGAGAAUAAUUUCUGCAAGUUUCUUGGGCCGAUUUGUAAAUCAUCAAAUAUUACAAACUUUCUUUGUCUAAAACAGAAUACAGUUGUACCUCUAUGUGCAUCCACGCCACCUCCCAUAAGUGACCACUCAUCCAAAAAAUAUUUCCCUAUUCAAAGCCUUAUUAUAGUUGAAACCUCCACAAAAUGACCACCUCUCUUAAGCAACAGCAGCCCCUUUUUAGGACAAUGGUUUAAGAAUUUUCCAUUGUUUUUAAUAACCGCUUCCAAGCGACCACCUGAUACAAUGGUCUGAUCUCUGUAUUUACUGUAAGUGCUACACUACUCAGAGUAUGAUAAGAACUAUUAAAAGAAACAUGGAUUCACCUAUAUUGUGACUUAGAAAUUGGAUACAAUACAUUCUCUCCAGCCAAUCGAUGUGUCUGCACUUCUCUUCAUUAAACACCUCCUGCAGUUUAACUCUCAUAAGUGACUACUUCCUUUAAGCGGCAACUGAUUUUUUGUAUUUGGGUGGGACUUGCUUGCAGGAGGUUCAACUGUAGCAUUCUACUCAGACUUAAUAAUGUACAUCGUAGCAAAAAGAUUAAAAUUUUGUUUCUCUGACUUCCUUAAGGUAAGCCUUGCCAUUGAAGAAGGCAUCGAACCAUUCAAGGCCACACUACUCAUAGGUAUCAUGUCCAUUGCAUCCACCCUUGGACGUCUCCUCUUCGGCCGAAUAGCUGAUCACCCCAGAGUAAACAGGCUGUAUCUUUAUCAGAUCUCUUUCUUAAUGAUUGGCAUCAGUAACACCUUGUGUCCUGUUUUAACCUCAUACCCUGGUCUUAUAUGCUAUGCCACCGCAUUUGGCUUCUUUGAGGGGUGCUAUGUGCUUUUGGCUCCUGUCCUGACCGGUGAUAUUGUUGGACGAGACAAGAUGGCUCAUGGAGUUGGUGUUUUGUUCGCUCUAAAAUCGUUGCCUCUAACUGUGGGACCAAUACUUGCUGGUAAGUGGGGAAAAAUGGGGACAGCGAUGGUUGAAUAGGUUAUUGACCGACCAAAACAUGAUGCCUUCUCAAUGAAGGUUUAACUACAUAUAUCACUCUCAAGAUAUCAUCUCACAGUUUUCUAUGAAGUUACAUGACAUUGGACACUGCAAAACACAUUAAAAAGGACUACAAAAAUAUACACACUCUAAAUAGCCCA